AUGUCAGGGGAUCCGUCCACUCGAAACCAAUCCAAAUGGUGUUCCUAUCAUAGAGACAAAGGUCACAGGACAGAAGAUUGCAGAGAGUUCAAACAACAUUUGGAAGAAUUGGUUCAACAGGGUCAUCUUAAGGAAUUUAUUGACAAAGAAAAAACCGCUGCCGAAAAGAAGGCAGAACCUCAGUCAAAGGAGCGGGGAGAACCUUCACACUACGUGGUUAGUUUUAUUGAUGCAAUGGUACCGGAUGCACAACUUGGUAAUACGAUAAGGCGAACAGAGUAUAGGAGGGUUCGACACCAACAAGAGGUAAUGUGGAUGGAUCUUAAUCCCAGUUUGGGAACUAAGAGACCAAGGGAGGCAACUGCAAUCACUUUCAUCAAGGAAGAUGCAACAGGAGUCAUCUUUCCACAUAAUGAUGCUCUCGUAAUCUCCCUACAAAUCGGAGCAGCAAUAGUGAAGCGAAUGAUGGUAGACCAAGGAAGUUCUGUAGAGAUCAUGUAUUAUUCACUCUUCCAGAAGUUAGGGAAAACUCAUGCAGAUUUGAUUCCUGUUCCAACACAUCUGGUGGGCCUUAAUGCGACCCCAGUUUGGCCUCUCAGAAGGAUACGAAUGCCAGUCAUGGUAGGUCCAAGAACAGUUGAGGUGGAUUUCCUUGUUAUAGAUCUACCCUCAACAUAUAAUGCAAUCAUGAGCAGGACUUGGCUUCACUUAAUGAAAGUUGUCCCCUCAUCUUAUCAUCAGAUGCUCAAACUCCCCUUCGGGGACUAA